AUGUUAUUUAGUGGAGUGUAUCAUAGCUCAUCAGAAGAGGUUCUUUCCGAUGGUGAAACGACAUCAUCAAUAACAUCAGAUGCUACAUCAAGAACAACGACAAGCGAUACUUGGUAUGAUGUUAAAAGUGAUUUUGAACAACAACCAAUAACACAGUUUGAUCAUACUACAGAGGCGAAUAUAAGAAUGAAAACAUUUGAUGAUCAUGAUGAAGAUUUAAUUAGGUCAAUCAAUGACAUAUAUAUCGAUGGUGGUACUACCGAAGACAUAGACAAUAUGAGAGCUACUGAAAAUAAUCUCCAUGAUAUUCCUAAUCAACAUAACCAGAAACAAGACACACCAAAAGAGUGGGUGAAUCCAUAUUGGGGUAUUCAUCGGUUACCGACAACGAAAGUAACAGGGCCACGAAUUCAAGGAAACAUAGAAAGUUCUAAAACUCACCGUGCGUCAUCAAACACAACAAUACAGCAACUCAUACCCGGUUCUAUUUUAAUUAAUGAUAGAGACGAAAUCGAAGACCCAUUAUGGAAACAGAGAAAUUCAAGCGUUGAAUCUUUAACAUCUAGCAAUUCAUUUCAUCCCGGUGGACAAUAUAUAUCAGAUGAACGCGGUGGUCGAGGAGGUUUUCUUGCACCAACGCAUGUUCAACAUCACACUGCAGCAAUACCGUCUGAUUUACCUGAAAAUUCUACAGAUAAUUUUACUUAUAAACAAUAUAAUUCAUCGUCUGAUGAUAGUUCUCGCAUGCAAUCACCAUUAAAUCAUGAGCAAACUUCAUCAGAACCAGACAUCUACGAAAAUAAACAAUGGGAAAAUUCAUAUUGGUUAGCAUCAAAUGAACUAGAUACUGAACUCACUACAGAUACGACAACAAGCUCGACUCCUUCUCUUAUUUCUGGCCUUCAACAGAAGGAGACUUUAUUUCCAAAAGAGGAGUCAAUUUCUCUUUUACAAAAUACUGAUUCAGAGCCACUAUCAAGUUCAAUUGAAAUACCUUGGCCCCAUACUAAUUGGGAGACAAAACUCAUUGGACAUCCAACAUCAGCAACAGAUGAAACGCAAUCAACAACAUCAUCGACCGGAUCUUGGAAACAUAACGAAUCUCACACACCAACAUUCGAAAACCAACAAGACGAAACAUCGAGGCAUUCAGCUACAGAAGAUAGUGCAUCGGACGACUUCAUGUCUCCUGAACAAAACAAUAGUUCCUCGGAACAUCUCUCUUCGGACGAUGAAAAAUCCAACACCUCGGCACCUGCUAGGCAAGAAGACCUAUCGAAGGAUAAUCCAAAUUCGAGACACAAUACAUCUGAAGCAACAAUAUCCUCAAAACAAUCAGAUACACCGACAGCAACUGUCGAUUGGAACCACUAUCAAUCUCAUGCUACGACAUCAUCAAAACACCAAGACACACCCUGGGUGAAUCCAUAUUGGAAAGAUUAUAAGCCUCACAUUAUUACUUCGUCAAAAGCACAAGAUAAACCGUGGGUUAAUCCGUAUUGGAAGGACUAUAAGUCUCAUAGUGCUACGCCGUCCAACCAACAAGAUAAACCAUGGGUAAAUCCUUAUUGGAAAGACCAAAAGUCUCCAACUGUCAUCCCGUCAAAACAACAACAGAAACCAUGGGUGAAUCCUUAUUGGAAAGACUAUACGCAUCAUAUUCCUAGCAUGUCGAAACAGCGCGAUAAACCAUGGAUCAAUCCCUACUGGACCGACUAUCAGUCUCGACCUGUCACAACGUCAAAACAACAAGAUAAACUAUGGGUCAAUCCGUAUUGGAAGGACUAUAAGCCUCAUACGACUACAACAUCGCAGCAGCAAGAAAAACCAUGGGUGAAUCCUUAUUGGAAAGACUAUAAGCCUCGAACUACCAUGCCGUCAAAACAACAAGAGAAACCCUGGGUCAAUCCUUAUUGGAAGGACUAUAAGACUCACACCGCUACGACGCCAAAACAACAAGCUAAACCAUGGAUCAAUCCUUAUUGGAAAGACUAUAAGUCUCGAGCUGUCAGGCCGCCAAAACAACAAGAUAAACCAUGGGUCAAUCCGUAUUGGAAGGACUAUAAGCCUCGAACUGUCACGCCGUCAACACAACAAGAUAAGCCUUGGGUAAAUCCUUAUUGGAAAGAUUAUAAGCCUCGAACUGUCACGCCGCCAAAACAACAAGAUAAGCCUUGGGUCAAUCCUUAUUGGAAAGAUUAUAAGCCUCGAACUGUCACGCCGUCAAAACAACAAGAUAAACCAUGGAUCAAUCCGUAUUGGAAGGACUAUAAGCCUCGAACUGUCACGCCGUCAAAACAACAAGAUAAGCCUUGGGUCAAUCCUUAUUGGAAAGAUUAUAAGCCUCGAACUGUCACGCCGCCAAAACAACAAGAUAAACCAUGGGUCAAUCCGUAUUGGAAAGACUAUAAGCCGCGAACUGUCACUCCGUCAAAACAACAAGAUAAAGCAUGGGUCAAUCCGUAUUGGAAGAACUAUAAGCCUCGAACUGUCACGCCGUCAAAACAACAAGAUAAGCCUUGGGUAAAUCCUUAUUGGAAAGAUUAUAAGCAUCAAACUGUCACUCCGUCAAAACAACAAGAUAAAGCAUGGGUAAAUCCUUAUUGGAAAGACUAUAAGCCUCGAGCUAUCACGCCGCCAAAACAACAAGAUAAACCAUGGGUCAAUCCGUAUUGGAAGGACUAUAAGCCUCGAACUAUCACGCCGUCAAAACAACAAGAUAAGCCUUGGGUAAAUCCUUAUUGGAAAGAUUAUAAGCCUCGAACUGUCACGCCGUCAAAACAACAAGAUAAAGCAUGGGUCAAUCCGUAUUGGAAGGACUAUAAGCCUCGAACUGUCACGCCGUCAAAACAACAAGAUAAAGCAUGGGUUAAUCCGUAUUGGAAGGACUAUAAGCCUCAUACGGCUACGAUAUCGAAACAGCAAGAUAAACCAUGGAUCAAUCCUUAUUGGAAAGACUACAAGUCAAGAAGUGUCACGGCGUCGAAACAACAAGAGAAGCCAUGGGUUGAUCCGAUUCGAAAAGACUACAAGCCUCAUACCGUCACGGGGUCGAAGGUGCAAGAUAAACCAUGGGUCAAUUCACUCUGCAGCGACAAUAAAAGGCCAAUGUCGACUUUGUCGAAGACGCAAGAUAUUCUAUGGGUGAAUCCCUAUUGGAAAGAUUGGAAGCCAGGAGGUUUGAAUAGAUCCCAACAAUACCAGAAUGUACCUUUCGCAAGUGGUAAGUGGCAAACUAGUGCAUCACAAACUUCAACAACUACUAAGCAAGGAAGUUUGGAAGGAGCGAAACAACAGGAUAAACCAUGGGUUAAUCCGUAUUGGAAAGACUACAAGCCUGAUACUAUGAAGCCUUGGAAACCACAAGAUAAACCGUGGGUUAAUCCAUACUGGAACGAUAAUAAAACUCCAAGGUCGAUUACUUUGCAGAAACAAGGUAUACCAUGGCAGAACCCCUAUUGGAAAGAUUGGAAGCCAGGCUCAUUUAGUACUUCGCAACAGUACCGAAAUGUGCGUUUCAAAAGUCCGAACCGGCAUAGUGGUGCAUCACCAAGUUCAGAAACUGGUGAACAACGGGAUUUCAAAGAAGCAAAACUGAAAGAUAAACCAUGGGUGAAUCCAUACUGGGACAACAAUAAAACGUCAACGUCGACUUUGUCGAAGAAACAAGAUAUACCAUGGCAGAACCCCUAUUGGAAAGAUUGGAAGCCAGGGUAUUUUAAUAGAUCCCAAGAGUACCAACAUUUAGGUUCGAAGAAUCCUCAGGCGCAAAAUGAUCGACCGCAAACGGCUGGAACUACUAAAGUUGAAAGUUUUGGAAAGACGAAAGAAAAGGAUAAGGCGUGGGAGAAUCCUUAUUGGAAGCAUGAGCAUAUAUCAAGUACUGUACCAAGAUGGACAUCGAGUGCAUCAAAGAGAAGCAAAUAUGGCAUCGAAUUAACUAAUGCAUGGAUAACGGACAAUGUGUCGCCUCCUGAUCAUAGAGUUCCACCUAUUCCAUCAUUUUAUAAACGCAUCUACCCUGUUAAUAUACCCCCAGCUUCAAUUCCACUGUCGACAACGAUUAAGAAAAAUAAAUCACAACCUGAUAAAGAACCGAUGCAUCUGGGGUCGAGCAGUAUUCCAGAUGAAAUAUACAACAACGGUGUAAAGAACGAUGAUGAUUUUUCACCAUAUACAAUUGAUCGUCAAGGAAUAGCGCACUACCAGUCACAACCGUCAUCAUCUUUUAUGACCGAAAAUAAAACAGUUCAGUUCGCUACUUCUCCAUCAACUACUGAGAACCGAAUGUCAUCUACAUAUUCCACUAAUACUAUUCCAGUACAGGAAAAACAUACCAUGGCACCAAAAUCAUCUAUGUCUAAUGUUACAACACAAUAUCUAGCAAUUAAAACAACUCCUUCGUCUACAACUAACUCUCGACUAUUGGAACCUUUGAAUUCUCUACAUGCUUCAUCAUAUUCACCAACCAAUUAUCCAUCAUCAACUCAUUCUCGAGUACCUCUAAUCACUCUAGACGAAUUACAUGAUAUUCAACAUGCGCUUCGUUUAUUGGAGAUCAACCCAAAUGCUAUACCUACUAUAGAAACAUCUCAACAACAUAUAGCAACAGUUUAUGCUAAUGAUGAAAAAGCUCCUCAUCUACCGGUUAGAUCUUUAUUUACAAAUAACGCUAAUAAGCAAUCUAUACAACAACCAUCAUCAUCAUCAUCCUAUCCGCGAAAUGAGCAAUCCACUUUUUUGUCUAAUACUAAAUCUCAACAAUCGCCAAUAGCGUCUUCAUCAAAGAAUUCCUCAAAUCCGAACGACAUUUUCAAUAGAUUUAUUCAACCAGGAUCUUUCAAUCAUAUUUAA